GUAUUAGAGUUUAUUGUUUGUUGAGUUGUUUAUGUGUUCCUCUCACAACUCAAGGUGGGAGGAUAUUAGAAACUUUUAUUUUUUUUGUACGGUGCCUUCUCAGAUGGCGCAUGUAAUGUGUUGCCCGGCGCGCGAGUAGCUCGGGCGUUGAGUCGCGCACGCUUUUGUUCUCUCUGUACGUUAUGGCGUUAAGUCUAUCGCACACAAAAUGCAUAGAACAUAGACAUAACAUAGCAUAAGCAUAAAGAAAGAACGCAAUCUACACAAAUGUGCAUAGACAUAAGUUUUGGCCAAUCAGAAUUGAGGAACAAUUGAAAAUGCGUGUCUCUAACCUAUUAUUUACAAAAACUCGCGAUACGUUCAGCAAAUUUGUCAAAAUGGACACGAAUGAUUUGAUUUUCACUGCGAUAAUAUCAGCAAGUUAUGUUCUUUUACAAAAGCGUAAAAAAGUAAAAAAACGACUAUGGAUACGACCAAUAUAUGUACGUCGACCACUAUUUGAUGAUUUUCAACAUCUUUUUCAAGAAUUGAAAGAAGAUGCGACAAUGUUUUUUAAAUACACAAGAAUGAAUCUCUUGACUUUUAAUAAAUUAUUGGAUAUACUGCGACCUCACCUAGAAAAAAGAAAUUGGAGAGCAUUACCGGCAGAACAACGGCUUAUUAUUAUGCUCAGAUUCCUUGCAACAGGAGACCAAGUAUCCUCGAUUGCAUUUGCACAUCGCAUAGGUGAAUCAACUGUAUAUAAAAUUAUUAAAGAAACAUGUAGAAUUGUAACACAAGUUUUAAGUCCUAUGUAUUUAAAAGUACCUACAGAAGAAGAGUGGAAGAAAAUAGCUGCUGGAUUUUGGAAUCAUUGGAAUUUUCCUAAUUGUAUUGGAGCGAUCGACGGCAAGCAUUUUGUUAUCAAAGCACCUUCAAAUUCUGGCAGUUUAUAUUUUAAUUACAAAAAAACUUUUAGUAUUGUAUUAUUAGCUGCAUGCGAUUAUCAAUACAAAUUUACUGUAAUAGAUUGUGGUGCAUACGGAAGUGCAAGUGAUGGUGGAAUAUUUGCACAGUCAGAAUUUGGAAAGUGCUUAAACAAUAAUAAUCUUAAUAUACCUGUAGAAAAUUGUAAGUUACCUCUGUCGGAUAUAGAAAUGCCUUAUUAUUUUGUUGCUGAUGAGGCAUUUCCUCUAUCAAAACGAAUAAUGCGACCUUAUCCUGGACAGUUUUUGAAUGAGAAAAAGUCUGUUUUUAAUUACCGAUUAUCAAGAGCUAGACGUAUUAUUGAGAACACAUUUGGAAUUUUGGUCUCACGGUGGAGAAUUUUUACACGUAGCAUAUGUUUAAAGCCAGAACAUGUAGAUGCAAUAAUAAUGUCUGCAAUAAAUUUGCAUAAUUUUCUAAUGACGGAAAAUAACAGUGCAGGCGAAAACAUUUACUGUCCUCCAAAUUAUGUAGAUAGCGAAGAUCAUAUAGGAAAUGUUAUACAAGGUGCAUGGAGAUUCGGUCUCGAUAAUGUAAAUAAUUUGCGACCUACUAAUAUACAUAGAGCGAUAAGAGAAGCUUAUACUCAAAGAGAGAUUUUAUCUGAAUAUUUGUCGUCACCACAAGGUGAAGUACCAUGGCAAAUGGAAUAUAUUCAUAGAGGAUACAAUAAAGAUAAGCUAUAAAAAUGUAUAUGA